AUGGCCGAAGAAGCUGCAGCAGAAGUGGCAAAGGACAAGAAAGUAGGACGUUGCAGAGUUGGGAACUAUGCUUUAGAUGGCCUGUCGGUGGCCUGGGAGAACACUCAACAGAUCAGGCAACGUUUGCGUGCCAAACAAGCUUUGCUUCUGCAACACGAUAUGAAGCUUGAGGUGGAUGUGGCCCCUGCGACCGGUCAUGUCUGCAAGUCCAUUUCGAAUUUGCGGACCAACCGCUGUGUUCUCACGCCAGUGUUGCACCUCAUGAGGCAGCAUGCCCUUCUGCUGCCCAACCUUGACAGGCUCAUAGACCAGAUUCGACAGUUGUAUGAGGAAAACAGAGUCCAGGUAAAGAAUCCAGGGGACGUCUAUUACCACAAUGCUUGGUCAAUUCGUGGAUUGACCAGCCUGCUCAAGGGAGAACUGGCCCGGGUAACAGCAGAGGUUCAGCAAGGAAAGUACUCGCGCAAGGACCAAGCACUUAUGGAGUUGCUCUUGGACGUUGGUUUCAUGGAGCCUGAUCAGGCGGACGGCAACGAUGAUGGCCGAGCUGUUCCAGAACCGGAGGUGCCCGGGCACGAUUAG